AUGACUGAGAUAGAGCUUGCAAAAGAAUAUGUCGAUGACCCGUCUGACGGCCGUUACGGCCGUCAUGUGACGGAUGAAAACGGGUGUUCUGCAGGUCCAAACGGAGACGGACAAUUGCCCGUCAGACCCGUCCGUCGACCCGUCUAUGACGGGGACGGCAAGCGUGCUGGCAAUCGCUUCGCUCACAUCGAUGCUCCGUGUCAUCCUCUGGACGUAUCCCACUCUUCCGACCACAAUUCACAGAAAGCUUUCAAAAAUAUUUGUGUCGAUGUUACUGAGGCAUCCCAGGUUUCCGAGCAUUUUGCAGCUGGUGUGCCGCAUCAACAUAAGGACCGCCGGAGGUUUAACGCCAAACUUUCUGCAGCACCUCCUUCAAGUCUGGGAAAGGUGUAUAAGGUAAGGAUUCAGGAGACAGAUGCUCAGAAAAUCGUAUGGAGUCGACCCCUGCGUGCCGGUUCAGCGGUUUCCGUGGCUUUAUACCACCCCAUCUUUCAUUAUCGCAUGAUCCACUCCCCGGAGACUGACGGCGGUGUAAGAAAUGCUAACGUGAUGACUUCCCGAGAUGAACCUUGCAGCAAAGGCGAGGCCAAAGACAUAAACGCCCGUGCCUCUCAAUAUGAGAUGGUUCAAGGCAAUUUUGCAGGUCAUGACUACUUCAUCGAUUGCGGCCUUGGGUCGCGUUCCACCAUCAGGGCUAUUUUUGGUGCAUACAUCACUUUUUGUGUUACCAUCAUCGCUGUGUGUCUUCGCUCCAUGUAUCGUUCUUGGAUCAGAAGAAAACUUUUCAAUCCUCAACUGCAUAAAUCACAAGUUAGCCUUUGGUCCAUAUCCCCGACCACAACCAUUGACGAGGUAUUCCAACUUCGGAGCAUGCUUGCGAGAAGUCUUUUCGGAGGAGAGAUCUUCUAUACGCUGGCUUCGCUGGCCUGUAUCGUCGCGGCUAUUAUUAGCGCUGCAAGCACAAGCAUUGCCAACCGCACCGUUCAGAGCAAUAUCGUUCAUCGCAGUGCGCUCGUCUCGGGACGACUCGUCAGCCAGUUUAAUACCAUAGAUGGUGCAACUGUUGAACUAGCUGCACGGAUCCAGGCUUUGGAAUACGCCAAUGCUCCGCUCGAGCAACUCUUUGAUUACGUUCCAAAUGACACGUCGGGGUGGAUUUUUGUUGGUCAGGAAUGGAACAACACAUGGCAGGGGCACUGCUCAUACAACCUCUAUCCCGCUGUUGAUCUCCAUGUUUACUCCGCCAACUCCACCAGCUUCCAAGAUGCAAUCCCCUUGUUGAGCACAGUCCUCCCUCAAUGGGCCACCGUUGACCCGACCCGUCAAGGAACGGACUAUAGUGGGUUUUAUUAUGACCCUGAUAAUAAUGGCACAGGAGCAGUUCGGGACAACAUCAACACUUAUGUCUUUGGUUCGGUACCAGAUGCUGGCGGUCUUGGCAACUCGACGUCAAUGAAUAUCUCUCUGGCCAACGUCUUGCUUCACGGCGUGGGUUUAACAUCGUUCGGAACGUUCCAAGAAACAUCUUUCAAGUCCGAUGUACAUGUUGUAGAGUGUAUAUUCAAUAAUACGGUGCCAGGUUUCAUUCCAGUUGACCAUGCCUACGGACCAACGGGGCAAUACGCCAACGCCGUUAUGAAUGUUGCAGAAAUAUAUAAACGACCUGUGUUGGAAGCGUCUAUUGCUGGACAACCAGUCGUUCAACCCACUGCAAAGCAAAUGCUGCGGUACUGGCAGGCUUUCAUGUCAGUCAAAGACUCACAGUGCCCCUACCUCCAACAACGCAACCUCACUGUUUCCCAGCCUGUCGUACAAAUUCGCCUUUCAGUCCUCGUCGUAAUGAUCGGGACGAUGACCUUGGCAAUUUGCGCCGCAUUAUCGAUGAUGGCUUGGGAUGGAUACACUCGUUCUUUGCGCAUUCCUGCCUCGCAGCUAGAUUGGGCUGUUUUGGCAGCUUGCGAGCAUCGUAGGAUGGUGGUCGACUGGGACUCUUCAAUUCCUGCGCUUUCACCCGCCGAAUUCGCAGCCCAACACCGAGAUAUGAGGUUGGCAGUAUCUCAUACGGCAGAUGGGAGGCCGAUGGAAUGGCUCUCGCAAGGUUGA